AUGGACAAUCGAAGGCUUUUAAAGAGAGUGGCACGGUUUGAAAGCGUUUCUGUUAGGAUGACAGGUGGUUGGCAGAAGAUCACGUCAAUGGAAGAGUGCGUACAGAAACAUGCCAGAACAGCUUUACCUAAAGGACAGUACUGCAACGCGACUUACGACACCAUAUUGUGUUGGCCACCCACCCCUGCUGGAACUGUUGCUAGGCAAUAUUGCCCCCCACUAAGAGGCCUGGAUACCAAUAAAUAUGCCACGCGAAAUUGCACAAUCACAGGACACUGGGAAGGAACGUCCAGCAACGGGGAGGGCUACACGGACUACCUCGGCUGUUAUGACAAGACAGGCUACGAGGCCUAUAAAGCCUACCUGGAGGGGAAGACGCCCGAGGAAAGAAUGGCUAUGAAAGAAAUCGCUAAGAACACGAGAGCCGUGGAGGUCGCCGGACUGGCCGUCUCUCUGGUCGCCUUGGCAGUCUCACUCUUCAUAUUCUCAUAUUUCAGGAGUUUAAAAUGCAGUCGCACAAAGAUCCACGUGAACUUGUUCAGCGCCAUGCUUAUCCAGGUCCUGUGUCGUCUGGUGUUGUACAUAGACCAGUAUGUGGCUCGUCUUGUGGCGGGAGAAAUUGCGGGGGCCGCCGCUGGAACGUCAGGGACAAUUUCAGAUACGCGGGUCGUCUGCGAGGCCCUGUAUAUCCUAAUGGAGUACACGUGGACGGUGAUGUUUAUGUGGAUGUUCAUUGAGGGCCUUUACCUCCACAACCAGAUCACAGUGUCGGUCUUCUCAGACGGUCCAAAUUUCAAAUUGUACCACUGUAUAGGAUGGGGGGUACCGCUCAUCAUUACCAUACCAUGGGUCAUAACGGUGGCUGUGACGUUACCGCCAACAGAAGGGUGUUGGUUGGGUAUUGAGUUUCUGACUACGUACUGGAUCAUACAGGGGCCACGAUUGGUUAUAUUUGCGAUCAAUCUCACCUUCUUGGUGAUCAUAAUAAGUGUGCUGGUGAACAAGCUAAAGGAAAGUCGGUCUUCAGAGGCGGAGCAAGUCAGAAAAGCCGUAAAGGCCGCCAUCUUGUUACUGCCAUUGCUUGGCAUAACAAACAUCAUGGGGAUGGUGAAACCGCCAAGUGACACAGUCGUUGCCUAUGGUGUCUAUAGUUACACCUCUCAUAUACUGAGCUCCUUUCAAGGAUUCCUAGUCGCGUUGUUCUACUGCUUUCUAAAUGGCGAGGUCCGCCAAGCACUCAGCAAACAUUGGGACAGGUACUGGCAGAGAAAGGGACAAUACCGUAGAACUAGCAGAUCACAGUCAUUAUACACGUCAGAGACAGAAGUGCAGUCCACUUUUCCUGGGAAGGGGUUUGUUAAAAUCCAACUGGCAAAAUCAACACAAAAGUCCAAGUUGAACAACGGUGUCCACGUGCAAGAUAAGACUUCCGGUUCCAGCUGUGAGCCCGACACGACAACGCUUUAAUCUUUGUAUAUAUACUCUGUAAUGUCAUCGAUAUCAUU